AUGGGCUGCCCACAGGUUGGGCCGCCGCAGCGACGCCUCUUCUGCCGCGGCCAGCUGCUGCCGACCCACCCCCCCUAUGCGCGCCGCGCGCUGCUGCGCCUGAUGCGCUGCGCCGGCGUCGCCGCCCGUGAGGGCGUCGGCGUCAAGGCAGUGGGCCCCGGGCGUCUCGAGCUCGAGGACGGGUCAUCCUUCGAUUUUGACGAGUGCCUGUGGUGCACCCAGGCCGCCGCGGCGCCCUGGCUGGCGGAGACGGGGCUGCCGCUUGACGAUGACGGGUUUUUGGCGAUCGACGAGUUCCUGCGCUGCGACGGCGGCCCCGGGGACGUGUUUGCGUGCGGGGACGUCGCGUCGUCGCGGGCGCACCCGCGGCCAAAGGCGGGCGUGUUCGCGGUGCGGCAGGGGCCCCCCCUCUCGGAGAACCUGCGCCGCCUGCUGACCGGCCAGCCCCUGCAGCCGUUUGUGCCCCAGUCCACGUUCCUGUCGCUGAUCAGCGCCGGCGGCAGGCACGCGGUCGGCACCAAGGGGUGGGCGGCGUUCGAGGGCGGCUGGGCGUGGCAGCUCAAGGAUUACAUUGACAGGUCCUUCAUGGCCAAGUACGGCAGCGAUCUGCCGUUUGAGAACAUGCAGACGGCGGACUCUGGGGCCCCCAGCGCCGGCAGCCAGGCAGCCGCGGCAGACGCCUACUCAGCGGCGGGCCCAGAGGCGCUGGCGCUGCUGGCCGCCUCCAAGAUUCGCUGCGGCGGCUGCGGCGCCAAGCUGGGGUCCACCACGCUGUCGCGGGCGCUGCGGCGGCUAGCCGAAUGGCAGCAGCAGCAGCAGCAGCAGCAGCAGCAGCAGCAGCAGCAGCAGCAGCAGCAGCAGCAGCAGCAGCAGCUAGGCAGUCAAGGGCAUCCCAGUCAACAAGUGCCAGACAGCGCCGGCAAGAUGCGCGUGUUGGUCGGCUUUGAUGACGGCGCCGACGACGCGGCGAUUGUGUCUGCGCCCCCACCGGGCCACGUCCUGGUCCAGACCGUUGACUUCUUCCGCAGCUUCUGGGGGGACCCCUUCCUUUUCGGCCGCAUCGCCGCCAACCACGCCCUCGGGGACGUGUUCGCCAUGGGCGCGCAGCCAGCGACAGCGCUGGCGCUGGCUGUCGUGCCACACGGCUCCGAGGCGGCACAGGAGGAGGACCUCUUCCAGAUGCUGGCCGGCGCGUCAGAGGCCCUGGGCCGCGCCGGCUGCGCACUGGCCGGCGGCCACUCGAGCGAGGGCGCGGAGCUGUCUCUGGGCUUCAGCGUGACGGGCCACGCCCCGCAGGGCGCGCUGCUGCGCAAGUCCGGCCUGCGGCCAGGGCAGGCCCUGGUGCUCACCAAGCCGCUGGGCACGGGGACGGUCCUCGCCGCGGCCAUGCGCGGCGGCGCGCGCGGCCGCUGGGUGGCGCGCGCCUUGGAGGAGAUGCAGGUCAGCAGCGGGCCCGCGGCGGCGGCGCUGGCCGCGUUCGGCGCGACGGCCUGCACCGAUGUUACGGGGUUCGGGCUGCUCGGCCACACGGCGGAGAUGGCGCGGGCGUCCAAGGUUGCAAUCAGGCUAGACUUGGCUGCGUUGCCGGCCCUACCGGGCGCGCUGGAGUGCAUCGCCGCCGGGCACCUGAGCUCGCUGCACGCGCACAACGCCCGCGCGCUCGCCGCGGUGGCGGACGGCGAAGCGCUGCGGGCGGACGCGCGCUGGCCGCUGCUGGCGGACCCGCAGACGGCGGGCGGCCUGCUGGCGGGCAUGCCCGAGGCCGCGGCCGCGGCGUGCGUGGAGCGGCUGAGGGCUGCGGGGUACGGGGCGGCGGCGGUGAUCGGGCGCGUCAUCGAGCGCGGAGGCUGCGAGGCCUUGGCCGUGGGCAAGGCGGAAAGUGGGGAGUCCCUGCUGUUCACAAUCGAUGUGCCGUUGUAA